AUGGUUUAUCGAAUCAAAGAUGGGAAUGAUAGUGUGUCAAGGCCGUUCUCAUUACCGGAGGCAUUUCGACGUGCCCAAGAAGAGAGCACUCGCAUUCUGACUGUUCAUUUGAAUGGGAAUUGUGGAUUUACAAUUGCCUCUCUCCUGGAGAAGGGGGCGGGUGGCAUUCCGGACAAGGAUUUCGUUGCUAAGGACCGGCAGACUGGUGUCCCAUAUGUGCUGUUCGAGCGUGACACAGGGCAGGCAUUCCUGAACAAGAAACGUGACUGGAGUAUGCUCCUCCACUGGGGCGAGAAAUACCUGAAGAAAGUCUUGCCCGAAAGUCUUGCCCCUCGGCUCAGGGAGGUGGCAGUCGACCUCACGACGACUUGGAACAGAGCGAGGCAUUUUCACACCUGGAUGCCGAUACGGGAGAGGUUGUACGCCACGUACAAAUGCCGGUCAUCACACGAGUCUCGGGGAAACGGCUACGGAAGUCCUUGA